UUUUCGGUCGCUUUGCAGACACGGAGGAAGCGAAACCCGGUGGCCUUGGGGACGACCCUGCGUAGCCAGGGUUCAGGCCACAAUGGACACACUAGUGGAAGAUGACAUCUGUAUUCUCAAUCAUGAAAAAGCCCACAGAAGAGAGACUUCACUCUCACCAUAUCCCGGAGACGAGUCUGUUGCUUCACAUUUUGCCCUGGUCACUGCGUAUGAAGGCAUCAAGAAGAGACUUAAGGACUCAGAGAAAGAAAACUCCUUCUUAAAGAAAAGAAUAAGAGCUUUGGAAGAAAAGCUUGUUGGAGCUCGAGUAGAUGAAGAAGCAAGUCCUGUGGAACGAGAACAAGUGAAUAAGGCCUAUCAUGCAUAUCGAGAGGUUUGCAUUGAUAGAGACAAUUUGAAGAACAAAUUGGAAAAAAUAAAUAAAGACAACUCUGAAUCUUUGAAAGUAUUGAAUGAACAGCUACAGUCUAAAGAAGUAGAACUUCUGCAGCUCAGAACAGAGGUGGAACAGGUGAUGAGGAAUUUAAAUUCACCCUCAUCCAACUGGGAGGUGGAAAAGUUAGGCUGUGAUUUGAAGAUCCAUGGUUUAGAACAAGAGCUUGAACUAAUGAAGAAAGAAUGCAACGAUCUCAAGACAGAGCUACAGAAAGCCAAGCAGACGGAUCCAUCUCAGGAAGACUUUCUGCAGAACAGAGAUGUCGUCAGGCCGAGCUCGUCAAGGGAGGAGCAUGCUCCACACCAGGGCCUUCUCCACAGUGACAAUAUGCAGCAUGCAUACUGGGAACUGAAGAGGGAGAUGUCUAACUUACAUCUGGUGACUCAAGUGCAAGCAGAACUACUAAGAAAACUGAGAACCUCAGCUGCAGUCAAGACAGCCUGUACCCCAGUAGGAUGUGUGGAAGACCUUGGAAGAGACAGCACUAAAUUGCACUUGACAAACUUCACCGCAGCUUACAAAAGACAUCCCCCUUUGUCACCAAAUGGCAAAGCUACUUGUUAUGCUCCAUCUUCCCCUUUGCCAGGAGAUAGAAAGGCUUUCUCAGACAAAGCAGUUCUUCAGUCAUGGACAGAUAACGAGAGAUUGACUCCUAAUGAUGGUGCAGACUUUCAGGAGCACAAUUCCUAUGGCAGAAAUUCUCUGGAAGAUAAUUCCUGGGUAUUUCCAAGCCCUCCUAAAUCAAGUGAGACAGCAUUUGGUGAAAAUAAAAGCAGAAUGUUACCUUUACCCAACCUGCCACCACUGCAUUACUUGGAUCAACAUAAUCAGAACUGCCUUUACAAAAGUUAAUUUGAUGGGACUUGUGAUUUGAUCAGGAGGACACUAAUUCACUAGUUCUCCCAAGGGAUUGUUCAGACUGGAAGUGGACUUUGAUUACAGUCUUGCAGAGUUCUCCAAUAUGUACAUUUGUACAUUCUGCACAUUAUGUACUUUAUUUUCCAGUUAUGAGAACCUCUGGUUGUACCUUUAAU